GAGAAGCCACCACUCAGCUGUUGUCUGUGGUCGGUGACAGCGUCGGGAACACCAACGGGGUUUACUAGCACUACCAUUGCUUCCAUCAUGACCUCUGCACUUGCAAAUGUUGCUAAGGCGGCCUUGGCGGCUGUGCCCCAGCAGGCCAGAGUGGCUGUGCCCACGGUGAUGAGUCAGAAGCGUACUUAUGGCACUGACAAGCGCAUUGAGGUGGUAAACCCCGUAGUGGAGCUGGAUGGAGACGAGAUGACCCGCAUCAUCUGGGAGAAUAUCAAGGAGUCCCUCAUCUUCCCAUACCUUAAGAUCGACUGCAAGUACUACGACCUGGGUCUGCCAUACCGUGACCAGACAGAUGAUCAGGUGACCAUUGAUUCAGCCCUGGCUAUCAAGAAGUACAACGUUGGCAUCAAAUGUGCCACGAUCACCCCAGAUGAACAGCGUGUUGAAGAAUUCAAGCUUAAGAAGAUGUGGCUGAGUCCCAAUGGAACCAUCCGUAAUAUCCUGGGCGGCACAGUGUUUCGUGAGCCCAUCCUUUGCCAGAAUAUCCCGCGCCUUGUGCCAGGCUGGACUCAGAGUAUCGUCAUUGGCAGACAUGCCCAUGGUGACCAGUACAAGGCUACUGAUGUUGUCAUUCCUGCCAAUGGCACAGUGGAGCUUGUGUACACCCCUGAUGGUGGUCAGGCCCAGAGAAUGAAGGUGUUUGACUUCAAGAAUGGUGGUGGUGUUGCCAUGGCCAUGUACAACACAGAUGAGAGUAUUAAUUCUUUUGCUCAUUCUUCCUUCCAAGUUGCUUUGACAAAGGGGUGGCCUCUCUACAUGUCCACGAAGAACACAAUUCUCAAGCGGUACGAUGGACGUUUCAAGGAUAUUUUUGAGGAGGUCUACCAGGCAGAAUACAAGAAACACUUUGAUGCAAAAGGCAUAUGGUAUGAGCAUCGCCUCAUUGAUGACAUGGUAGCCCAGGCCCUCAAGUCUACUGGCGGCUUUGUGUGGGCUUGUAAAAAUUAUGACGGGGAUGUCCAGUCUGACAUUGUUGCUCAGGGUUAUGGUUCACUUGGUCUGAUGACAUCAGUUUUGAUGUGUCCGGACGGCAAGACCAUAGAAUCAGAGGCUGCUCAUGGCACAGUAACGAGGCAUUACAGAGAACAUCAGAAGGGUAACAAAACCUCCACAAACCCUGUUGCCUCCAUUUUUGCUUGGACCCAAGGACUUGAACACCGUGCUAAGCUGGAUGGAACUCCAGAGCUGGCCAGAUUUGCCCAGUCUCUAGAGAAAGCUUGUGUUGAUACCAUUGGUGCUGGCCACAUGACCAAAGAUCUUGCUGGCUGUAUUCAUGGCAUUAAGAAUGUAAAGGAAGGAAUGUACUUGUACACAAACGAUUUCCUUGAGGCCGUCCGUGAAGAUCUAGCCAAGAAGAUGGCUGCCUAAAUAUCUCCUUUUGAUAGGGAAAGUGAACUCCAUUUUACAGUCUCUGCAGAGCACUGUACUGUAGUUGAAAAGAAACACAAAUGUCAGCACUUAAAAUAGACAUCAUGAGAAGUCUGAUCACAACACUGUGGGAUGGCAUUUUAAUGGUCUAAGAACUAAUCUUGACAUAGUAGUUAAUGAAUAACUACUCAUCUUUUAACCCUAAGAAACGGUUUGAUAACCCACAAAAAAAUUAAAAUAAAAUCUGGUUUCCUCUAGACCACAAAACUAAUUGAAUUUGUAAUGCUUCACAAAACCUUUUUUUCAAGUAUUAUGACAAUGAGCACUAAUUGUGGAGGCAGUUCAUUCAGCUCGAGUAACUUUCAGACAUUGUUCUUGUUGGUUGAAUGGAAUGAAUGGUGACCAGUGCAUCAUAUUUGGAUAAUUUAACAUGUGGUAAUCUUCAAUCAUUUGUAUUGACCAACAAAAAUUUAUUGGUAGCUAUUAAACUUAUAAAAUGUCAAGCAAACUACUGUUUACAUAAGAGAAAACAGAAGACAUAGCAAUGGCAAAACUGGUACUUAUGACUUUUAGUGGUUAUUAAUUUUCUCGUAAUAAUUUGUUGCAUUUGUUACCACUUGAGCAUUUUACUGGUAUAAUUCAUUAAUUGCACUCGAGAGAAAGCAUUGACAGUAUGAUUGGUGAGACUUCAUACAUAAAAUUAGUUGUAUAAUGCUUUUAAAUUAUACAUCCUGUAAGGCUGGUGUCAGAAGUGGCUGCACAGUUGACAAUCCAGGUAGAAUUGCUCAAGUUUCUUUGUUAGUUUUGACAACUUUGCCCCUUAGUACCUAUAUGAAAAUCCACACUGGACCCUCCCAUUUUGUUAAGGCUUGACUAGAAAAGAAAUUCUGAUUUUCUUUUUAAAUAUGGACCAAACAUAGUCAGAUUAGAGCUGCUGUAAUAGAACAAUUAUCCUGCUGAGUGAAAUGGGAAACCUGCUCAGACCCUCGCAUUUUAAUUGGAGUUUUAACAAUUUAAAAUUUCCUUCUAGCAAUAAGUUUUAAUACCAAUACUGUAGAUUGCACGAGUUAAUAAUAAACACGGACAAACAGAAAAUUA